AUGGCAGAAAACAACCCCCCUACCGACCUAGGCAAACUGCGCGUCCUCUCGUCCACAGCCUCGAUCCAUGUCUCCCCCCUCGCUCUCGGCGGCAUGUCCAUCGGCGACGCCUGGGCCGGGGGUAUGGGCUCGAUGAACAAAGAUCAGUCUUUUAAGUUGCUUGACUUCUUUUUCGAGUCCGGCGGCAACUUCAUCGAUACAUCCAACAACUACCAAAACGAGCAAUCCGAGCAAUGGAUCGGUGAAUGGAUGACAUCCCGCAAAAACCGCGACCAACUCGUCAUCGCCACAAAGUACACUACAGGCUACAAGAACUAUGCCCUGGGAAAUGGCAAAACGCCGAAUCAUGUAGGCAACAGUCGCCGCUCGUUGCACAUGAGUGUGCGCGACAGUCUCGCAAAACUGCAGACUGACUACAUCGACAUCCUGUAUCUGCACUGGUACGACCAACUCACCAGCGUUGAAGAGAUCAUGGAUUCCCUGCAUAUACUGGUUGAGCAGGGUAAAGUUCUCUAUCUUGGUAUUUCGGACUCCCCCGCCUGGCUCGUUUCGGCAUGUAAUUACUACGCGCGCGCGCACGGCAAGACGCCAUUCUCAAUCUACCAGGGAAGGUGGAAUGUGAUGCUCCGCGAUUUUGAGCGCGAAAUCAUUCCCAUGGCCCGGUACUUCGGCAUGGCCUUGGCGCCCUGGGAUGUGCUUGGAGGCGGCAAAUUCCAGUCCCGCAAGGCGCUUGAAGAGAGAAAAGCUCAGGGUGAGUCCCUGCGAAAACUCUUUGGGUCCAGUGGUGAGCAGAGCGAAAAAGAAAUCAAGAUCUCAGAGGCGCUUGCGGAGGUUGCUGAGGAGCAUGGUACCGACUCUGUGCAGGCUGUUGCGCUUGCAUAUGUGAUGAGUAAAGCGCCGAGAGUAUUCCCCAUUGUGGGCGGACGGAAGAUUGAGCAUCUAAAGAGUAAUAUUGAGGCGCUCAGGAUUAGGCUUACGCCGCAGCAGAUUGAGAAGUUGGAAAGUGUGGUGGCGUUCGAUGUUGGAUUCCCUAAUGAUUUUAUUGGGCCUCAUCCUAGGGUUACUGGCAAGACGAGUGGGUGGCUGAUGAAUGAUCCUGUGAAUUUGACGUUUGGUGCGUCGGAGUAUGAGUAUGCCUGA